CUUCAUGAAUCUCUGACCAUGGAUAACGUAUCUUUUGUAAAAGUUUUCGUUCUGUCAGGGCUUAACGACACAAUUCAUUACAGAGUCGCUCUCUUUGCAUUCACUUCACUGUAUUACAGUUUGAUUUUAUUUUUCAAUAUCUCUCUUGUUAUGAUCAUUGUCUUAGAUGAAAACCUGCAUGAACCUAUGUAUGUUUUAUUGGUGAGCUUUUGCAUUAAUGGGCUUUAUGGCACCACAGGUUUCUACCCAAAAUUCCUCUUAGACCUGCUGUCGUCCUCUCAAGUAAUCUCAUAUGAAGGCUGCCUUAUACAGGCUUUUAUCGUGUACUCAUUUGUUUGUUGUGAUAUGUCCAUCCUAGCAGUUAUGGCCUACGACAGAUAUCUGGCUAUAUGUCGACCACUUCACUACCACUCUUUCAUGACUAAGAGGAGGCUCUCUCAGCUGGUGUGUUUCUCCUGGCUAACACCUUUAUGCAUUUUUUCAAUCAGUAUCAUGCUCACAUCUACCUUGAAGCUAUGUGGAUCAAAAAUCCAGAAAUUCUUUUGUGUGAACUGGAUAAUUGUGAAACUAGCUUGCCCUGACUCUGACACCCUUUCCAACAAUAUUGUAUCAUAUGCGACUAUUGUCAUUUAUAUGUGUCACGGGUUUUUCAUCAUUUGGACUUACAUGCAUCUAAUUAAAACAUGUGCAAGGUCAAAAGAUGACAGGGUAAAGUUCAUGCAGACGUGCGUACCUCAUUUAGUCUCUUUAACCACAUUUGUUAUUGUAAUACUUAUAGAUUUGAUGUACAUGCGAUUCGGCUCCGCUGAUUUACCUCAAAGUCUUCAAAACUUCAUCGCUAUAGAAUUUCUCCUCAUCCCUCCAGUCAUGAAUCCGCUCAUUUAUGGAUUUAAACUGACCAAAAUACGGAACCGAAUUCUGGGUUUAGUUGGUGUCAGAAGAAAAUGACCACUUCUGUAAAGUUUCUAAAUCAACAAUGUUCCUUUAAUAAUACUGUGACCUAACUAAUGUGUUUCAUGUGACUGAUACUGACAGACCUCAGUGUAUGGUUGGUUUGUUAUUUACAGUUAAGAUACAACCUGUGUGAAUAUAUGAAUUCUUUUCUCUGCUUUAGAGUAUUGUAAACCAGAAUGUGCACAAAAGAUUUUCAUUGAUUUUCAUUGCAUUAGACAAGAAAAUAAAUAAAUACAGAAAGUACAUCUGUUAAGAGAGAGACAAAAGUCUAUUUUGUUUUUGUUUUUUCAUGGUAAAAGAGUCGAUUCAAAAUUAAGACAAAAAUAUUCAGAUAUUUUUUAAUGGCUGUAGUGAAAGUUUUAUCUAUGCUUUGGCACUGGAGGAUUAAAUACAGAUAGAAAAAAGAAGCCAUACGUUUACAAUUACUGG